CGAGGACGUCGCCAAGAAGAAUAACGUCCCGACGAUGAACCAGGAGGAGCUGAAGAAGCUGAACAAGAACAAGAAGCUGGUGAAGAAGAUGUGCAACCAGUACGACGCAUUCCUCUGCUCUGAGUCGAUCAUCAAGCUGGUGCCGCGUCUCGUGGGGCCGCACAUGCAUCGUAUGGGCAAGUUCCCCACCGUCUGCGCCAUGAGCGAGAGCCUACCGGAGAAGGUGGUGGAGCUGCAGUCGACGGUGAAGUUCCAGCUGAAGAAGGUGCUUUGCCUCGGCACUUGCGUUGGGCAUGUGGAGAUGACGGAGGACCAGGUGCGCCAGAACACCGUCAUGGCGAUCAACUUCCUCGUCUCGCUGCUCAAGAAGAACUGGCAGAACCUCAAGUCGGCGUACAUCAAGUCCACGAUGGGGAAGCCGCAGCGCAUCUACUAA